AUGAAUGUUAAUUUAAUAUGUCCUUAACAUAAAUAACAUGUAACAUAAGCUUGUCUUGAUUUAGAAUGCUAAGUAUUCCCUUUUAUGUGUUAAAUAUGUAUGAGUGAUUAGCAAACUAUUUCACAACAUACCAAACAUAAUCAAUUCCUAAUCCCUUAUCCAUAAUACAUUACGUAGAUGAGUAAGAGCAUAUAAAACAAUAUUAAUGAAGCUCAAUUAUUUAAUGAUCUCUUUUAACAAGAAUCUUAAGUCUUAUAACAAUUAUUAUCAUCUGAUGAGCAUCUCAGUAAUAUUGAAGCAUAUAUAUAAUCAUUAAAGCAUCAAAUUGAUUCUGAUAUCAAACUAGCAUUAAAUUAAUUCAUCAAGAUAUUUGAUAUGUAGAAAGUGGAGUUAUUUGACAAAUUAGAUUCUUAUCUUAAAAUCUACAAAAGUAACUUUUUCAUUCUUAAAGAACAAAUUGAACCCAUACAUUUUCUAUUGACUAAAUGUAAAUAUUAUAUUAAUGAGAAUAACCUUAAAGUAACUUAUGUAUAAUAUCUAGUAAAAAUUACAUACUAAGCCAGAUUUAGGAUCGUAAGUCAAGAUUUCAAUCAAAUAACUCUAAUAAAAAUAACCAUAAAUGUUAAAAUUAAACUUUGAGAUAUUCAGAAAAUCAUAAGAAAUGAAACCUAAUACUUCUAGUUUAAAUCAAUUAUUAAAUGAAACCUAAAAUUCUAUCACUGAAUAUUUUAAUAAAAAUCUAUCUAUUCCAACAUCAACUCUUUUAGAAAUCCCACCAUCAUAUAAUAAUUAGACUCUUACACCUAUCAAAAGUAAAUCUUUAGAAUUGUCAUAUUUUGAUAAACAAGUACCAAUUGAUAAUAAUAAAACUACAAUUAAAUCUAUUGACUUUAAAGUACCCAUACAAUCUAUUUCUGUUAUACCAAAAUUUAAUCUAUAAAUAUUAGAUUAAAGAAUCUUAUAAGAAUAAAACUUAACAAAAGUAAUUUGAAAAUUAAAUAUUUAGAAUCAUCUAAGUGCUAAAUUCAGAAUAAAGAAAAAGUUGAGUAUUGAAUUCCUUGUUUAAACAAUGGCCUUAGUUAAUUAUUCUUAUGUAGCUCUUGGAUUAGUAGAUGGAACAGUAAAAUUGUUAGAUAUGAAUACUAGUAAAGUUAGCUAUUAUCCUAAUACUUACAUAAAACACUUAAAACCUAUCAAUUAAUUGGUUGUACUAAAGUAAGAUAAGGGAAUUAGAUUAGCAUCAUUGAGCGAUGAAAAUUAUGCAAUAAUUUGGACUUUAGGUGAAAAUUAUGUACCUUAUCCUGAAAAAAAAUUGGUUGGUUUUAAGUAAAAUUUAAAUCAUAUAAUGGAUUUGGCUGACUCAGCUCAUUUAAUUUGUUAAAGUGAUAAUAAUUUAUAUAUAAUAAAUUAUCAUGAUAAUAGAAUACUUCAUGAGUUUGAAUUUAAAAGUUAAUUAGUAGAGUUUCUAUAUUUAAGCAAAUAUGAGAAAUUCGCUACUAUUUCAUAAGGAAAUAUUGUGUCAAUAUAUAGUUUAACAUUAAGUAGUAGUAUAUAAAAUGUUACUUAAUUGGUUAAUUGUGAAUUAUAAUCAAUUUAACCAGCUAUUCCUAUUUCUAACAUUAGUACAUGUAUUGGAGUUGAUUUUCAAAAUGAGAUAAUUAUAUGUUAUGGAUGUUGGAAUGGGUAAGUAAAAUUGUAUAAUGUUUUUAAGAACAGUUUAAUUGGAGAAUAUUAAGUAUUUUAGAUUAUAAAUAUAAUAGGUAUUUAAUAAUAGGAUCAAAGAAAUGAUUGUUUUAAAAUAAGAGAAUUAAUUUGUUUUGGUAGUUAUUGCUGAAAAUUAAAAAUAAAUAAAAGGGAUUUUGUUUUAAAAAAAUAAAGUACUUUAAUUAGACAAAUAUGGAGAAUUACUUGAUUGUCCUAGUAAGAAUGGAAAGAAUAUAAUCUAGUCAACAGUUAUAAAAAAUAAAAAUGGAAUCUACUUACUAAGUGAAACAUAGAAAGAUAUUGGUUUAUAUGAAUUAUGCUGA